AUGGUUCGCGGACGGCUCAAGCUGCACAAGAAGACCAAGCCGUUCAAGCUCCGUGUUGCCAAGUCUGCCUCGACCAUGGAGUGCUCGCAAGCCCAGUUGGCCCUCAUGGCCUGUGUCGGCUCGGUCGAGCGCAAGAUGAAGACCCACGGGCCCACCAUCAACUACCACCUCAAACGCUUGGAACGCCAACAACAGAGCUAG